CUAACACUUGUAAGAAAGUGCAGUCAGUCCUGCUGUUCCUGACCGGGACACUUUGGUGGUAGACCCACGCUGCUACAAACCAGUGUAACGCCAUAAUACAAACUUUUUCAAUCGGAUAACUCAGCCGACGCUUCAAACACUUCACGUCCGUCCAUUAGGAGGAUUAUUAUGCGUCCAAACGCUGCUGCUGCUUCUUCAUACUGAUCUUCUCCUGCUGAAGUGUCCAGGGACAUGAAACUCAACCCUCAGCAGGCUCCUUUAUAUGGGCGGUGUGUUAUCACAGUGCAGCUCAGUGAUGAGGAGCUGGCUGGGGAUGAGGAGGGUGUGGACUACUUCCUCCUGUUUACUGGCAGCACACAAAGGCACCUGACCAGCACCCUAAGGAGCAGUCAUGACACCCUGCAGGCGCUAUGUCCCGCACAUGACUGCUGCGAGAUGGUGUUGGUCACCUUGUGCUCAGCCAGCCGAGGAGUUCCUGACGCCCCUGAGGCCCCAAUGCCCUGUCUGGGUCUCGUUGCUUCGUUGGCGGAGCAACGGUUCAGCUUCGUUCAGGACUUGGCUUUUGACAUGGCACAGUUUCUGGUGAGUACUGCAGGUCGAGAAGAUGGCCUGGAUGGUGCGCUGCUUCUGGACGAGUGUCAGAUUCCCCUGCAGGAGUGUGAACGUCUGGACGAGAGCCUAGCGCUGGCCCUCCACCACCUUGCUCUGCCGCCAGGAUGGAGCUUACUGGGGAACAAACUAACCAACAACACUGAUCUGGAUCCACAGGAGACUCUGCUCCAUUUCUCAGCACGGAGAGGUCUUUAUCGAGUAACACACUUCCUGCUGCAGCGAUCAGGAGCUAAGGAGGCCUUACGACUGGCUAACAGACAAGGCCACACCCCCUGUGCCAUUGCUGCGCAGCGAGGACAUGACCACCUUCUCAAGCUUCUAACAGAGGCUGAGACAGAUCUAGAGACGGACAAAGGGACUGAGAAUACCCAGCCUGUUUCUACGGAUGCCCGGGUGUUUUGCCACCUUCCCAGGCUGAAGACUCACACUCUGACGCUGAAGGCACACCCAGGCCGUGACCCUCCGACCCUUCAAAGGAGUGUUGAGCAGCUGCUGCACUUGAUUUGCCAUGCCCAUGCCAAGGGAGUUUCUGUGCUGGAGCUGCAGUUUGAUUCUCUGCACACAGCAGCUGAAUGUUGUGAUGGUCUAGAAACAGAGACAACCUGUCUACAGCAGCUUUCUGCAACAUCAGAGUGCCUGAAUCUGACAACAGAGGAAAUCUGCUCAGUGGAAAGCAGCAGCAGUGUUGACUGUGAACAUGGUGAGAAUGGGAAUGAAGAGAAAGCCUGGAGUUUGUCUUUGAGUAGUCAAAAGUCAGAAGCACAUCCCAGGGAGUAUGGCCUGGGCCCCCCAGAGGACUGGGUGUGCCUCAGUUCAAACAUUCGGAAAGAUUACGGCAAAAGGAGGCAGAGAAGGGAGCAGCCUGGUGUUUCCUCCCAGAGUUUGAGUUUGUGUGAAGAAGCACGGAGUGAGGUGGAUGGGGAGAGCCUCACUGUGGGAAUCCAACCACCAGCAGUCUGCGGUAAACAGGCAGAGGAAACUGAUAGUGAAGAGGCUGAGAUUCGGGAAGGACAGGAGGCCACGGAGGGAGAGGAAAGAUCAGAGCAGGAAGUCGAAGACAGCACUGCUGUAAGGAGGGAGGAGGAGACAGACUCUACGGAUCCAAUAACGCCCAGUGGAGGCUUGAAAUCUUCAGUCAUGGGCCAGGCUGCGUCAUCAGAGGGCUCGGAGGCAUCAGAAAGCUCUGAUUCUGAAAUGAAGGAGUGCUCUGUGGAAGGAGAGCGUCUCAAGGAAGAAGGCAUGAAACUCAGCAAGGAGCCCUGCGUUGGCCUCUUCUUAGACGUGCAGGAGGCAGAGAGUGAGGAGUUUUCAGACCCUCUAUCAGCCCCAGGGGAGCUCCCCAGCCCAUCACUGAUAGACUGCGGUGAUGUAAUCGAGGAGCCUGAAUCUGCUCUCUUGAUAGAAGGCCUCCACGAGGGGGAACCUCCACCAGACAUAAACAGCCUGGAACAAAACCAGGAAACAGCUGGUUGGGAUUACUCCACAGAGCAGCAGUGGGACUCAGCUCCAGAUACUUACUGUCAUUCUGGGAAUUGUACUGGAACAGUGAGUAGAGAGGAGCAGGAUGGUCAAGACAUAGCUGAACCCUCUGAAUACAUUAUUGAAAGUACUAUUUUGCCAAUGUAUGAACCUUAUAACACAGCUGGAUGUGAGAUUUUCUCAAUGGAAGAAGCACGAACAGAUUCAUCACCCAAGCCUUCAUCUGAGAUAAUUCCCAACUCAGAAAUCAUUGAUCUGGAUUCAGGAAGGACACAGUCUGUAUCCAGUGAUGAUGAUGGCAGUUUCCAGUCAGUUGCAAGCUCCACCACUGAGUUAUUCCAGGAUAGUGCAGGUAAGGACAGAGAAGACUCAACUGGAUCCAAGAUGGAUGAACCAAAUGAUUCAGAGCCCGUGGAAAGUAAUGAAUGUUCACAGACUGUGGACACAGUUGCUGAGGCAGACUGCAGCCAGAGUGGCACUGAGCCUGCAUCACAACUGUCACCCGAUGCCCAAACAAUGGAGGCUUUGUAUUCUGAGCAAACGGGAGAGGAAUCUGCCCCAGAACUUUCCACAGAGGAUCUUUCGGGUCAGAGGUUGUCAGAGAGUGGUGACGAUCCAACAGUUGAUGAAAGUGAAACUGCAGGGGCCAGCGACUCUGGACUGAAUGCAGGAUUUGAAGAUGUGGCAACAGAGGUCAACGGUCCAUCUAGUGAGGAAGAAAGUGAUAAAUCAACGUUAGACCCAAACACUGAAAACAGUGGAGAUGUAGGAUUAGCACCACAGCAAUCCAAACAGGAUAAUUCAGACAUGACAGCAGAUGAGAAUUCACCUGAUUUCACUAUGUCCCCAUCACAAGAUGUCACUUCAGAUAGUGCAGACAACAAUGCCUCAGAAGAAGACACGCCUCCUUCAGAUAACGAGGCCUCCAGUGAGAGUGAAACGACCGAUGAUCCUGAGAUUCAGGACGAGGUGGAUGGAGCUUCAUCAAACCACAACAGUGCGAGUCAAGAGGCGAUCCUGUCUGAACAAACUGUGAUGGGUGCAAAAGAGGAAGAAAGUGCUUCAGCUGAGGACUCCUCCACGAUCCACCGAGACAGAGAGGCGUCGUUUCAUCAGCCUUGCAACACUCUACUCUCAGGAUCCUCACAGUCUUCAGUGUCACCCAGUUUGCCCAGUAGAACCAGCAGUGCCCCCAGCUGUCCCUCCACAGCUCACAGAGACUCUGGCAGCGACAUUGAAGGCUUCCUGAACGCUGAGACGGGAUUUGACAGCGUCUUCAGAAAGAAUGACGAACGAGUGACAGGAGGAGACAGCACCAGCGAGGUUUCCGUCUCCUGUUCCUCCACAGACGACACGGCCAGCGUGGGUCCAUCCAGCUCCAGUCCAGAAGAAAGCCAGGGCCUGGAAUGCAGCUGGAGCCCAGAGGAGGGUGCUCGACCAGGUGCAACUGUCACUGCAGGACUGGACAGCAGCGGUGGAGGUGGAGGAACUGGAGAAGCUGAAGAAGAGGCCAAAGACAGAGUAACAGAGGUGCCACGGCGCUGCUGCCUCCUCAGGAACAGCAUCCGGUCCAUUUCCCCUCUCCGCCGCCACAGCUGGGGUCCUGGAAAGAACAACGGAGGAGACACAGAGAUGAACCAGAGGAGCUACAGCUUGGAGGGGCUAAGUGGGGCCCAGGAAGAGCUGAGGGGCCCCAACACCCAGGUGCCUCGAAUCCUGGAGCCUUUAAGGAUUCCUCGGCAGGAAAGUGAUGACAGGGGCUCUUUGGUGUCCCUGACGGAGGAGCAGGAGGAGCUGGUGGAGCACACCAGACUACAUGACCCGAAAACAAGGCGUUAUCGGCCACUGCGAAACAGCUGUUCUCCUAUGUCCCUGCCUCUUACAAAGUCUGUAUCCAUGCUUGCCAUCAGCCAGAGAGACACUGAUGGUAUGAGGUCUUUUUCCAGUGCCUCUGGGUCACUUGCAUACAGCAUAUCAGAGGAGGAACCUGGCCCUCUUCGAAGUGACACUGAGGGAAAGAACACAACAAAAGUCAGCCGAACCUUCAGCUACCUCAAGAACAAGAUGUACAAAAAGAACAGAGAAAAGGAGCGAGAAAAAAGGGAGAAGGAGAAGGAGAAGGAAAGCAAAGAGAAGGACAAGAAGUCACCCAGUGGUCACAUGUUCACAGUGGCAAUCUCAGGCCUGCCAGCCCAGUGCUCCCAGUGCAAUAAGGCUUUCAACAGCAAGGGGGGUUUCCGCUGUGCAAGCUGUAAUAUCUUCGUCCACAAGGGCUGCAGGGACAGCCUGCCCGUUUGUGCCAAGGUGAAGAUGAAGCAGUUUUCACUACCAGACUCCAGCUCCUUUCCUACAGUCACAAUGAGGAACAAAUCUGGAAUGACGAGGGAGCGUCCCCGGUCGGCCAUUUUGUCCCCAGAAGACCACUCCUCUCUGAUGAUCCCCUCAUCACGGAGACACACCAGCAUCAUGCAUUUCCCUGGCAACAACCUCUCCAAGAGUCUGUCUAUUAGCAACAUCGCUGGCCCGGUGUUUGACGAGAUGCCCAUCAAAGGCCUGCGGUAUCUCUCACAGUCGACUGACUCCCUAAACAGAACAAACCAGGUCACAGAGUCCAUGGAGUCACUCACUGAUGAAGGGACGGAGAUGAUGGAUGUGCAGCUGAUGGGGGAGUUUGAGGCCGAGGCCAAAGAGCUGGAGUCCGACUCAUGGAGUUUAGGUGUGGAGCCGCAGUACCUGCAGCAGCUGGACAAGGAGCUGGUGAAGAGACAAGACGUCAUUUAUGAGCUGAUGCAGACAGAGAUGCAUCACAUACGGACAUUGCGCAUCAUGUCAGAGGUCUACAGUAAAGGCCUGCAGAAGGAGGUACAGCUGGAGGUGCAGACGGUGGAGAGGCUAUUACCUGCUCUAGACGAACUCCUGGAUCUCCACACACAGCACCUCUUCCGCCUCCUGGAGAGGAAGAGGGAGAGCCAGCUGGAGGGGGGGAGCUCUGAGGGAGGCUUCAUCAUUAACAGGAUAGGAGACAUCCUAGUCAGCCAGUUCUCAGGCUCCAACGGUGAGAGCAUGAAGAGGGUUUACGGACAAUUCUGCUGCCGGCAUAACGAGGCAGUGAACUUCUACAAGGACCUGCUGACCAAAGACAAACGCUUCAAGGCCUUUAUCAAAAAAAAGAUGAGCAGCAGCAUUGUGCGGAGGCUUGGUAUCCCUGAAUGCAUCUUGCUGGUGACCCAGAGGAUAACAAAGUACCCAGUGCUGAUUCAGAGAAUGCUGCAGCACACUAAAGAGAGUGAGGAAGACUACUACGACCUGACAGAGGCUGUCCGGCUAGUAAAGGAGGUGAUUGCAGCGGUUGACAGCAAGGUGAAUGAGCACGACAAAAGACGACGUUUGAAGGAAUUUCACCUUAGAAUGGACAGCAAGUCAAUCAUGACGAGGAAGAGUGGGCAGAUAUUUGCCAGGGAGGAUCUGCUGAGGAGGAGGCUGAUCCAUGACGGAGGGCUGCAGCUGAAGAACAUCCAGGGAAGGCUGAAAGAUGUCCAUGCUCUACUACUAUCAGAUGUCAUCGUCUUCCUCCAAGAAAAGGACCAAAAAUAUGUCUUUGCCAUGCUGGACCAGCGCUCCACUGUCAUCUCCCUCCAGAAGCUGAUCGUGAGGGAGGUGGCCAACGAGGAGCGGGGCCUCUUCCUCAUCACGGCGGGGAUCGAGAAGCCGGAGAUGAUGGAGGUACUGGCCAGCUCGAAGGACGAACGCAAUACCUGGAUGCAGCUCAUCCAGGAAGCCAUGCAGUCCAUGGACAAGGAUGAGGAUGAAGGAAUCCCCAGUGAGACAGAGGAUGACAAAAGACAACUAGAGAGCAAAGCCAAGGAGAUGAGAGAUCUGUUGAGGCAGAAGGACACAGAGAUCAUGUCUCUGCUGGAGGAGAAGGUACGGCUCUUCAGGGGGAUGUGGGAGGGAUUGAACCAAGGUGAGGAGGUCCCCCAGCAGGUCGAGCCUUUCUUCAGGUCAACCAGCAGCCAGGAGCCACCCAGGGGGGCGUCUGUCUUGAAGGAUGCCCUGCAGGAAGUGGAGACGUUGCAGGCGCUGGUGAAUGGCAGUCUGGGCGGGGCGAUGGCGAGCGUCCAGGAGGGAGGAAGCUCAGGGUCAGUGUGUCUGCCACGGCGGGCCGAGACCUUCGGAGGCUUCGACAGUCACCAGAUGCACAGCAGUAAGAGUGGAGACAGAGACGAGAGCGAGGAUAUGGCAGGAGAUCUGCGCAGGACGGAGUCCGACAGUGUGUUAAAGAAGGGAGGAAACGCCAACCUGCUGCUGCUGCUGAAGAGGAACAGCGAGCAGGUCCUCCACAGUGUCUCCAACCUGCACCUCCUGCUCAGCACUCUGCAGGCAGUGGUAGUCCAGCAGGACAGCUUCAUAGAAGACCAGCGGCAGGCCCUGAGUGAGCGCUCCUCCUCCUGCUCGUCUUUAUCACGGCCGUCAUCCCGGCCCAGCUCACUGAUCGAACAGGAGAAGCAGAGGAGCCUGGAGAAGCAGCGGCAGGAGCUGGCCUCCCUGCAGAGACAGCAGGCAGCUCAUGCUGAGGAGAAGAGGAGGAGGGAGAGGGAGCUGGAGCUGAGGGAACUGCAGCUGAUGGAGAGGGAGGUGCUGGUGCACACACAGCAGGAGGAGGAGGUCUUGAAGCAACACAAGGAGCUGGAGGAGGCGAAGCUGGAGCUGCAGAGUAAGAAGGAGGAGUACCAGAAGGACUUGGAGCGGCUGAGAGACGCCCAGAGGAAACUGGAGCGGGACAAAGAGGCAAUGCAGCGACAUCUCGACAAGAUGGAGGAGCUUCGUCUGAUGGAGAGGAGUCCCUCCACUACUUUGGAUGAUCCCCAGUUCCCUGCCAGCUCCCAGUCUCUGGAGCUGGACCCUCUGGAGCUCUCCUCUUCAUCCUCUUCUUCCCUGCCGAGGCUGCAGCCCCAGAAGUCAAAGCCUAAAGCGAAAGGCCUCAAUCCGUUUACCUCCAGCAACGCCAACCUCAAGGGCAGCGAAGGCAACAACCAGAUCUCAAAGAGUCUGCUGCAGCUGGCCAAGAACAAGAGCAAAGAGGGGAAGGAGAAGAAGAAGAAGAAGGGCAAAGGAGGCAGUGCGCAGACAGCAGACCCCCAGCACCUCUCCGAGCCCCCUAUGGAUGGAGAGAUCUUCUUCUGCUGAGUGAAUUGUCUCUCUGCCUCCUCCUCCUCCCUACCACCGUAUCACCGCCAUCCAGAGGAAUGUGUACUGCCAAGUAGUCCUACAGUCGUCUACAGACUGUUUCACAGUCUACCACAAACAGGAUUUUUUUUUGCACCUUUACAUCAUGAAUCACACACAUCACAUACAGUCAGAUGAACGGAACUUUUAUUUCACUUUAAAUCAAAAACCACUGCUUUUACGUUUUAGGAGGUAAAAUGUGUAAGGGAUCAUGGGUAAAAGAAACUGCCGAUGUUUGUAUUUUGUUUCCAUAUUUCCCACUUCCUUCUCCAAAGACACCAUAGUUAUAAGACAGAGGAUUAAUUUCUUCCUUUUGUAGAAUCAUAAAUUUGUGAUAGAGUAUCAAAUUGAAAGCAUUUCACAGUAGAUUGCCUCACAGGCUCUGCCAAGUGUGUCACAGGCUCCACUGCCUCUGUGUCUCAGUGUUUAUUAUGAGCCUUUUCAACAGUCCGUCCUGGCAUCGACUCCCACACAAACGGGCUCCUCUGUUCGUUUACAGAAGCCUUUUCCAUGUGACUGAACCCCCACGUACAAGGACAUAAACAAACCCAAAUACCACUUGGCAACAGAUAUGAAUGUCAACAAGCUCCAUGUGGCACUGGAAACUCUUCACUCCUAAACAUCUUCAUUGACAAUCAAUAGACAACUGAAGCCGCGGAGAGAAAUUGUGCCUCGACGAAGUGUCCUAGCAACGUAUGAAUCACACAAGUCCAGGGUUUUUAGUUUGCUCCAGUUAUUUCAUCAGACUUUAUAGAUCCACAUGAAAGAAAAUUGCUUGCAAUUUGAAAAGAUGCUAUUAUAUCCACUAAUUUCCAGUUUCUAAAGUCUCUUUUAUACCAUCAAUAACUCUCUGGAGCGACUUUGUGCUAUGAGUUAUGGCUUUAAAUGAUUUGAAGGAUAAAUUUCUGUGUUUUGAAGUAAAACUCCUCCAAUGUUCUUGUCUGUUCACUCCCCUCGACGGUACUGAAGGAUGGAGACAUACUGUACUCCCUGUGUCUAACAGCUUAAUUCAUAUCCUUUAGUGUGUUUCCAAGCCUUGGAUGGAUAUUAACUUGAUCCUUGCUUUAUCUGCCUGUCAAUGGGCUUUAACGCAGCCCUCAUCUUUCAUCUGAGCACCCACCUGCGGGGCUUCCCCUCGUUAUUUAAUUGCAUGUAACUCUGCUGGUAGCAUACUAAUGGAUCCUGUCAAUGAAAGACGCACACACUGAGGAAAUAGAGGCUUGUGGACAAAGCGUUGAAAAUGAGAAAGGACACAUUAAAAACACCAAAUGAUGUUUUGUGAGCCUUUUUGGAUGUUGGAUGACUGAACUAGCUCGGCAGGUAUCGCCUAAGUCUGAUUGUUUCAAAUGAAUCAACACUCGUCAGUGUUGUUAAGCACUUUGGUCCUACUAUGUUUUUUCUUAUCGUUGUGUGAGAUGUCAAUCAAGCGGAUCUUUGUGUUCUGUUGACUUUUUAAUCAAGGGCACUGACGCUCGUGAAAGCAGCAAUGAUCCAAAGCAAGAUAAUGGGUUCAAAUGAGUAAAAAAAAAAAGCUGCGGCUCUGUUUUGGUUUAAAAUGAAAAAAAAAAAAAAGCUUUUAUGAUACUUCCAGGGUGACCUGUCUGUGUUUUAAGUCUGUUUUAGCCCCAUUGUCCUCACUUUAAGGGCCACACACUCUACCUGCUGGACAGGUAGGAAGUAAAAGCAGAACAAGUUAAAAGGGCCCAUUUUUCAGUGAAUUAUUGCCACUGAGCGGCUUCCUUGCUGCCUCUUUUGUCUCGUCUUUAAGUGCUUGUUUGUUAACUCAACGUCUGUGUUGAGGAUUUGACUUCAUGUCCAGGCUGGUUUAUUAUAGUGUGUCUUCUAAGAGGCUUACAGGGCCAGCCAAUUAGUUGCUUCAUGUCUUUUGUUUAUGGCUUUGGUGUAAUCCUGUCAAAGAAACACAGAGGAAUGGCCUGUGUUUGUUUUUUUCCUCUUGCUUUAGGUGUGUUUUGACCACUAGGGAGCACUGCACCUAUGACUAAAUUAUUCCCCUCCCUCCCACAUAGAAAAAAAGUCAUAAAAUAUGAGAGAAUGUUUUAAUUUCUCUUUUUAAAGUGUUUUCUCCCUGCUGUGAGGAGCAGACAUAUUUUUCUCAGCAGGUCAAAGAUAAUGUGAUGAGCGUGGGCUCUCACACUCGCUGACAUUUUCCCCGUAGCAUUUGUAAUUGACUGCAGAAACAAAUAAGUUGUCAGAGAUUGUAAUUGGUUAUUUAGUGAAACCAGUCAGCAGCAGCUUUAAUACGAAAGGAAAAAGAAAUAAAUAAAAGGUCUUACAUUUGGAGGGAGCGACCGGGCAGAACCGCAGAGCUCUCUCUCUGUGAGGGACAAUCAGCAGACACGAUGAGGAAAAUGAACUCCCUCCCCGAUGAUGAUAGGCCUGUCUGUGAGACGAGCGUGUCCGUCAGGUGAACCCUGCGUAGCCUUAAAUCUUAACGAUAAAAUGCACUCAAGUAGAACCCCACAUCUUCUCAGGAGAGAGGAGAGCUUUUAUACCUCUGCUAUGACACCUAGGAAAGGUCUGUGCUAUAAAACGUAGCACAGGACUGUUUCAUUCCCAACCAUGUAAAAAAAGGGCAAAGACUUAUGUGUAAAUAUGAUUCAUGUAUAAAACAAUCAAAUGUAAAAAAUAUGUUUUGUUUUUGAUUUAUUGCAACAUUUUGUAAGAAUGUUUUAUUUAUGUUUUAUUCUCACCGCUGUGGUGAUGUAAAGUCAUAUUUCUCUCGUAAUAAAAAAAAUCAUUAUGAACA